UUAAAAGCCGAAAUUUGCAUCAGUCUUUACUACACUGGACACGAUGUACCGUUCCCUAGUCCUGCUCUUGGCUGUGGCCGCUUCCGCUUACGGCGGUAGUGUUGGCGAGCGUAUCGUCGGCGGAACAGACGCCCCCGACGGAGCUUAUCCUUACCAAGUCUCUCUGCAGACUCUCCUCAGUGGACACUUCUGCGGAGGUUCAAUAAUCAACGCACGAUGGAUCCUCACCGCCGCCCACUGCGUUAUGAGUUACCAACUAUGGCCAGGUAUGGUUCGAGUCCGCGUUGGCACCAACGACCGCCGCUCCGGUGGUUCCUUCUACAUCGCAAGAAGAGUUCUGAUCAACCCUGACUAUUCCGCAUCAGAUUUCCGCAGCGACGUUGCCUUGAUCCGACUCACCAGUAGCAUCACUUUUACCGAAAAAGUCCAGCCAAUCGCUUUGCCCACCGAAGAUUUCACCAAGGUCAACUAUCCCGCAGUGCUGACCGGCUGGGGAAGCAUCGCCUUUCCAAGCGGCAGCAGUCCCAGACGCCUCCAGCACAUCACCCUGAACAUAAUCGACCAGGAAGCGUGUUUGGCCAGAGACUGGAGAACCUCGGAAAGCAACAUCUGCACGCUUACGGUAGCCGGAGAGGGCGCCUGUCACGGGGAUUCGGGCGGUCCGCUAGUCGCCGACGGAGUCCAGGUUGGAAUCGUUUCAUGGGGAACACCAUGCGCGGUUGGUGAACCGGACGUAUUUGCCCGCGUCUGGAGCUUCAUUGACUGGAUAAACGAAAACGUGAACUGACGCGGUGCCGACCCAUAAAAAGUGACGGUGUUCGCUUGGAGUUACACCAAAGUGCAAUUUUCUGGUUUAAACAAAUAAAUCCGUAACGCAUACGACUUAUCCAA